GGCAGUAUCUUGUGGGAUUUGAGCUUCAACUUUUGGCAUCUUCCCUCUUCUAGCCUUCCUGUUAUCCUACAGCGACGUUAUACCAGCAACUAGAAAAACGAUCAAAGAGCUAUAACUAUCAGAAAACUUAAAACCAUAAUUCCAUACUUCUUUUGUUUUCUACAUGAAACUCCGUUGUGUUUUCUUCCCCAGAAGAUGAACCUGAUUCGCCCCGCCACCAUAUUCUUCCUUUCGCUGUCUCUGUCUUUCCUUUCUAUUCUCGUCGUCGAUUCUUACGAUCCCGUUGACCUCUUUAGCAUCAACUGUGGCUCUAGUGGAAAUUCUUCCCUCGGAAUCAGGACAUGGAUAGGAGACAUCGAUUCAAAGCUUUUAUCUUCUUCUUCACAGGACAAAUCAGUUCAUGCUGAACCAAUCGAUCAAGCUCCUUCAAAUGUUCAGGUCCCAUUCACCACAGCUCGUCUUUCUCGCUCUAAGUUCACCUACUCUUUCCCUGUCACCCCAGGUCAGAAAUUCGUUCGUUUAUUCUUCUACCCAUCUUCAUACCCAGGUUUUGAUUCCUCUAAUGGCUUCUUCACGGUGGAAUCUGGGGGGUUCACUCUUCUUAAGGACUUCAACGCUUCCCUCAAUGCUCUGGCUGAACAGAGCGACACCUUGUUAAGAGAAUAUUGCAUCAACGUGGAUGAUGGUGGGAGGCUGAACUUGACCUUCACUCCAAACUCGACGAACCCAGAUUACUAUGCUUUCAUCAAUGGAAUCGAGAUCGUUUCCAUGCCUACUGAUCUUUACUACACAGAUUCCGGCGGUCAAGGGGUUCCAUUUUUGGGUGGUGGAAACUUUUUCACAAUCGGAAAUAGCUCUGCUUUGGAAACAGAGUUUCGGCUCAACGUUGGUGGAAGAGAAAUACCUCCUGAUCACGACACAGGGAUGCUCAGGUCGUGGGAACAAGAUAAUGGUUUUGUGACGGAUCAAAGAUAUUUACCUGCUCAAUUUGAACCUGUGAAUCUAACUUACACCAUGGAGCCUGAUUAUACAGCACCCGUUGAUGUCUACUUCACAGCAAGGUCUAUGGGAAGAGACGCUACUUGGAACAAGAUGAAUAAUCUCACUUGGAAAUUCUCUGUUGAUUCUGGUUUUACUUACUUGAUUAGACUUCACUUUUGCGAGCUUGAUCCAAACAUUACGGACUCUAGUGACAGAGCGUUCUUCAUCUACAUAGCCGGACAGGUGGCUGAGGAUCACGCCGAUGUUCUGAAAUGGGCAAAGCAAAAAAGAGUUCCAGUUCGCAGAGAUUAUGCUGUUUCUGUUAUAGGAAAUCAGAAGAAGGCGAAGCUUUUGCUCCAAUUGCAUCCUCUUCCCGUUAGCCAAACUCUUUUCAGCGAUGCGUUCUUGAACGGACUCGAGAUUUUCAAAAUCAGCGACCCACAAAGUAAUAGUCUCGCGGGACCCAACCCUGACCUUCCCCCUCCUCCUCUGACGCCGCCGUCAGUUCGGAAAUCCACAAAAAGUAGCAGUAAAACGGCCGCGAUAGUCGGCGUCGUCGUCGGAGUGGUUGCCGGCGUCCUUUUAUUCUCCAUGAUUGGUGCCUUCUUCCUCAUUAGAAGAGGAAAGAGAGUGAAGGAUUCAAAGUCCAGUGACGCAGGCUCCAAGUGGGGUCCACUAUCACAUUCCACUGCCAAAUCCACCACCACGACAGCCUCAACUCUGCCGUCUGAUCUCUGCCGUUACUUUUCAAUCGCCGAGAUCAAAGCCGCCACCAACAACUUCGACGAACUAUUCAUCAUCGGCGUCGGAGGAUUCGGCAACGUGUACAAAGGCUACAUCGACGACGGCACCACGCCGGUGGCCAUCAAGCGGCUCAAACCAGAUUCACAGCAAGGAGCCCACGAGUUCAAAACCGAGAUUGAAAUGCUGUCACAGCUUCGUCACAUUCAUCUAGUAUCUCUCAUUGGUUACUGCAACGAGAACAACGAGAUGAUCCUGGUUUACGAUUUCAUGGCUCGGGGGACCCUCCGUGACCAUCUAUAUAACUCCGAUAACCCACCUCUUACAUGGAAGCAAAGGCUCCAGAUUUGUAUCGGAGCGGCGAGGGGAUUGCAUUAUCUGCAUGCAGGUGCGACGCACACGAUCAUUCACCGUGACGUGAAGACGACCAACAUCUUACUGGACGAGAAAUGGGUCGCCAAGGUUUCGGACUUCGGAUUAUCCAGAAUCGGACCUACGGGCAUGUCCAAGGCUCACGUCAGCACAGUGGUGAAGGGUAGUAUCGGGUAUUUAGACCCAGAAUACUACAAACGUCAACGUUUGACUGAGAAGUCCGACGUGUACUCCUUCGGCGUGGUGCUGUUUGAGAUAUUGUGUGCCCGGCCGGCGCUGAUCCGCACGGCGGAGAAGAAACAGGUGUCACUCGCUGAUUGGGGCAAGCAUUGCUACCAAAUGGGGUCCCUGGCUCAGAUCGUGGACCCAGCUUUAACGGGAAAGAUAUCGCCGGAGUGUUUGAGGAAGUUCGGCGAGAUAGCCGCAAGCUGUCUGCUGGACGAUGGGACCCAGCGGCCAUCCAUGAACGACGUCGUAUGGGGGCUGGAGUUUGCGUUGCAGCUGCAGGAGAAUGCAGAGCAACAGUCGAGGAGUGAAAGUGGAAGGGAAGAGUUUGAAGGAGGAAUAAAGAGCUCUGAGGAUAGCCAUGACGAUUUGUUCAGCAGCAGCACUGGAACGAGCGUAGGGGCAUUUAUGGAAUUUAACAAGAGUUACAGUGGAGUGAGCAGGACGACGACAAGUAGCGGAGGCCAUAGUUAUGGAAGUAAAGAAACAGAUAAGUUGAUGUCAGCAAAUGUAUUCUCAGAGAUCGGAGAUCCAAAAGCAAGAUGAAGUUUACUGAUGUUGAAGGUAUAAGAGUACAAGUGUAGCGUUUUAAUUUUCUGGGGACAUAUUGUGUGUCAAGUUUGUAAGUUGUUUGUUAGUCAUCUUUGAGAGUUGUUAUAAGCAUUUCAAUCAAGUUAUGCAGAAAAAUAUAACAAAAUCUGGUAAUAUUAGUUAGCAAAAGCAUCAUUGUCACAAAACAUGCAGGGCUCUUGUUGAAAAAUUAAUUUGCAAAUAGUCCAUAUGACAAGGAAUUGUACCAUGAAAGAUAAGUUAUACACACAAAAAAUUAAGUUGUAAAAAAAAAAUUGUACAAAAUAUUAGGAUUAAUUUACAUAUAGGGAAGAUAAUUAUAAUGGGAAUUAAAUUGCACAAAGCAAACUAUUUACUAGUUAAAUUCUUGAUAAGUGAUGUAUCCCCAAUUUUCCUGUAUUUAUUAUAUCUAUCUUCUAUCUCACCUUAGGAAUUGAAAAAAGAGUAAUACUACUUGUGGU